AUGCGAGACGAAUCCAGUCCUCCCACAAAAGCUGGGGAAGAGGCCUAUUACGACCUUGGUCCGUAUCGUCGAUCAGUGACCACUUCAUCGGCGGAAGCUCAAUUGUGGUUCAAUCGCGGACUGAUAUGGGCUCAUUCUUUCAACCAUGGCGAAGCGGUUCGAUGCUUUGAACGAGCUGCCGAAAGUGACGCCAAUUGCGCUAUCGCGCUAUGGGGAAUUGCGUAUGCGACUGGGCCCAACUACAACAAGGCGUGGAGAUAUUUUGACCCAGAGGAUCGUCAGGCUUCCAUCAAGAAAGUCAACGAUGUCCUUGCCCGAGCGUCCAAGCUAGCGAGCCAGGCCACACCAGUCGAACAAGCGUUGAUUGGGGCAAUCGGCACUCGUUUCCCACCAAUUGAUGACAUCCCCGAGGAUCUGGGCCCUUUCGAUCGCGCAUAUGCGGACGCGAUGCGCUCUGUGUAUCAUAAAUUCAGCGAUGAUGUGGACGUGGCUGCGCUAUUCGCGGAAGCACUGAUGUGUAUCACUCCGCGCGGGCUAUGGGACCUGAACACCGGUAAACCAACUGGGGAUCACACAGUCGAGGCUCGCGAAGUGAUUGAGCUGCAACUGAAGCAAGAUCCUGGUCGCAGUCAUCCAGCAAUCUGCCACUUGCACAUACACAUGAUGGAAAUGUCGCCAUUUCCAGAAUUGGCUCUACCGGCUGCGGAUCGACUACGUGGCUUGGUUCCGCACGCUUCGCAUAUGUUACACAUGCCGACGCAUAUUGAUGCCGCCGUUGGCGACUAUCGUCGUGGUAUCGACUCCAACAAUGAAGCGAUACUUGCCGACGACAUCUACUUUGCUCGAGAGACGGGUACAACUAUGUAUGCGGCUUACCGGGUGCAUUACAUUUGUGCAAAGUUGUAUUCCGCUAUGAUGUCCGGCCGAUUCACAGACGCAAUGUCCGCUGCGGAAAAGCUCGAACAGAUCAUUGAUGGGAAUCUGCUAUCCGUCAAAAGCCCCCCAAUGGCAGACUUCGUCGAGAGCUUCCUAGGAAGUAAGGCGCACGUGCUAGUGCGCUUUGGUCGCUGGGAAGAGAUUCUUGACCUCAAGCUUCCCACCGAUCGCGAUACAUAUUGUGUAACUACCGCCACCAUCCAUUACACCCGCGGGCUUGCGUUCAGUGCUCUUGGAAGGAUUGCAGAAGCCGAAGCCGCUCAGAAGGAGUUCGAAACAGCGCGCAAGGCCGUCCCUAGCUCGCGACUUAACAGCAUUCCAUGCACACAGGAAGACGUUCUCGCAGUUGGCUCUGCUAUGCUUGCUGGUGAAUUGGAAUAUCGGAAGGGAAAUGUCGAGACGGCGUUUCAUUUCCUUCGGGAAGCCAUUGUGCGUGAGGAUGCACUCGCGUAUACUGACCCGCCUGCCUGGAUGCAGCCAGUCCGCCAUGCACUCGGUGGCCUGCUCCUUGAGCGGGGGCGCGUCGAAGAAGCAGAAACGCUGUUCAAGCAGGAUCUUGGCUUCGCUCUGGACUAUCCUCGGCGUAAGGCAAAGCUCAAUAAUGUUUGGGGGUUGCAUGGCUUACACGAGUGCUUCGCUCGCCUUGGAAAGAGCCAAGAAGCUGCUUUCAUUCAACCUGCACUGGAUAUUGCUUUGGCAUGCGCCGACGUUCCAUUACUAGGUGGCGGAUCAUAA